AACAAAUUACUACUAAAGCACGCAUUACAUGGACUUCUUUCAAUCUGCCGAGGUCGCAGAUAUUCAUGCAGAUUAAGAACAAGAUGGAUUUGAGGCACCAAGGCCGAUGAGAAGUUCUGCUACUACACGUGAUCAUACUAGAUACUAUGAUUUUCAUCAAGAUCACGAUCAUACAACGGAGGAGUGUAAUAGUUUGAGGUCCGAAUUGGACAGUCUAGCUCAGAAGGGAAUGCUAAAUGAAUACAUCCAAAGAACAGAACAACCGAAGUUCGUCAGAGAGCAGGGGCCACAACCACAAAGAUCUCGUAAUGUAGGAAAUAAGCAAGGUGUGGGAUACCAACAAGCCCCACCUCCACUCCCGCCAUCGGCCAGAAUUAUACACAUGAUUACCGGAGGAUUGGAAGCAGGGGGUUUGAGCUCCAAACAACGAAAAUUGUAUGUCAGGGAGGUAGAAGAAGUCCUUACUCUUAAUGUCACUUUUGGAAGCGACCGGACUUAUGUUACCCCCUCAGUUUGGUUUCUAGUUGUCAAAUUGGCCUCAUCCUUCAAUGCUGUUAUCGGACGACCUACAUUAACCGAGAUCCAAGCUGUGGUUUCUCAAUCUCACCUCUGUAUGAAGUUCCCAACCCCUAUGAGGAUAGCAAAACUACGAGCAAACAUGCCAGGGAUUCCAACCUCGGUAUCUCAGCACAAGCUCAGCACCAAUCCAUUAAAGAAACCAGUAGCCCAGAAGCGAUGCCUCUUUGGGGGAAAGAGGCUUAAGGUUACAAAGGAAGAAGUAGAGAAACUCCUACAAGCUAACUUUGUUAGGAGAGUUGAUUAUUGUGAAUGGGUGGCCAAUCCAAUGUUGAUCAAGAAGGCAAAUGUUGAAGCGGCUUCUGGAAAUGAGAGAUUAAGUCUCUUGGAUGCAUAUUCUGGUUAUCACCAAGUGCCGAUGGCUCCAGAGGAUGAAGAGAAAACCUCGUUCUAUAUCGACAGGAAUCUAAAAGUUUAUGUCGACGACAUUGUGGUGAAGAGUCUGAAAGCGGAAAAUCAUUUAACUGACCUCGAUGAAACAUUCAACAACCUCAGAAAGAACAAAAUGCGGUUGAACCCAACAAAGUGCAUCUUCGGUGUGGAGUCUGGGAAAUUUCUAGUCUUCAUGGUUUCCCGGAGGGUAAUUGAGGUUAACCCAGAAAAGAUCAAAACAAUAGUCGAGAUGGAACCACUGAAGUCGGUGAAAGAUAUACAAAGAUUAACCGAGAGGGUGGCAGCUCUUCAGCGAUUCAUAUCGAAGUCAGCAAAUAAAUGCUUGCCAUUUUUCAAGAUCAUGAGGUCAGGAGUCCAGAAUGAUGAAUUUGGCAAACAAAAGAAGUUUGAAUGGAACCUAGAAUGUCAAGCUGCAUUCGAUGGACUUAAGUCUUAUCUUAGCUCACCCCCUUUGCUGACAAAGGCUAUAGAUGGAGAAAUCCUUUAUUUGUACCUCGGCAUUUCUGAUGAAGCAAUUAGUUCUGUGCUAGUGAGAGAAGAAGGUAAACAACAAAAACCAGUUUAUUAUACCAGCAGCGUGCUACACGGAGCAGAGCUAAGAUACCCUAUUGCUGAGAAAGCAACGUUAGCAGUUGUUACUUCAACCAGAAAUAGCAAGGGCUCAGGAGCUGAUGCUUUCUUAGUUGGCCUAGAUGGAUAUCGAAGUGAGCAUGCUUUGAAAUUUAACUUUGAUGCAACUAAUAACAUGACUAAGUAUGAAGCUCUGCUACUUGGAUUGCAACUAGCAUUGGAGUUGAAAGUCAUGGCCAUACAAGUAUACAGUGACUCACAACUUGUGGUUAAUCAAGUCAACUCAAUCUGCGAGGUUGUUGAUCUUGUCAUGAUGAAGUAUGUAGCCUUGGUGGCCGAGCUGAACUCCUUAAGCUCCAAAACAGUUUUCGUUGAAGUUUUAGAUGAGCUGAGCUUCAUGAAGCCAAAAAUGAUGGAGAUCAGCACAGACCCAAAUAUACCGAGCUGGACAGAUCCAAUUGUCUCUUUUUUACGAGAUGGGUCAGUGCCUGCAGAUAAGCAAGAAGAGAUGAGGUUGAGGAAGAAAGCGUCUUGGUAUACACUCGUUGAUGGGAUCCUCUAUAAGAGAUCUUUCUCACUCCCUCUCCUAUGAUGCUUGAAUCCUAAUGAAGCUGAAUACGCACU